CGCGUUCAUCCAAAAGAGGGGACUGUGUUUAAAGGUGGCAAUCGAGGGUUUGCUUCUGGCGGCUGCACAAAAUGCUCAACUCGCAGAGAUCCCUGUCUGAGCUGCCCAAGAUGUCCGCUGCUAGUCAAGUGGAGAGGGCUGUGCUGGAGGAGGAAUUCAACUGGCUCCUUAAAGAAGAAGUGCAUGCUGUCCUAAAGCAGCUACAGGAUGUCCUCAAGGAAGCAUCGAGACGUUUCUCCAUGCCGACACCAGGUCUGGAGAGUCAGCUCAAACAGGAAAACUUCAUCCUCGGCAGCUCAACCAUGGAUCAAGUGAAGGGGGUGCUGACUCUGCAGGGAGAGGCUCUGACUCAGGCUGACAUAAACCUGAAGGUGGCAAAGAGCAGCCAAGCGCUGCACUUUCAGUUCAGAGAGGACAAGCAGUGGAAACUACAGCAGAUCCAGGAUGCCAGGAAUCAUGUGAACCAGGCUCUGCAGCUGCUGAGCAGCCAUGAUGAGAGCUACCACUUCAAGACUGGAGCGGAGGUUAAUAAGCUCAUGGAUGCAGUGAUGCUCCAGCUGACACGAGCACGCAACCGCCUCACCACCCCGGCCUCCAUGACACUACCUGAGCUGGCCACCAGUGGUCUGAUGAAAAUGUUCUCUCCUCCCAUGCCCGGGGAUGUGAUGGUGAACUUCUACAUCAACUUAAGCAAACUGUGUCUGACUGUGUACCAGCUUCAUGUGCUGCCUCCCAACACCACUAAGAAUUUCAAGCCAGCUGGAAGCUCAGUGUUGCACAACCCCGGAGCAAUGUUCGAGCUCAACAAUAACCGGUUUGAAGUGAGCCACGUUCACAAGGUGGAGUGUGUGGUGCCUUGGCUCAAUGAUACACUGGUAUUCUUCACCAUCUCCCUGCAGCUCUGUCAGCAGCUCAAGGACAAGAUCUCUGUCUUCUCCAGUUUCUGGAACUACAGACCUUUCUAAUCCACCUCCUGUCCAUCCUCCAGAGACCGGUCAGACCCAAACUAACCACACAAGUGUAAGGGACAUCCUGGGAAGGUUUUUAUUUUUUCUAUGUUUAUCAUCCAGUCAUUCUGUUUCAAGUGUUGCAUGAUUAGCUGGAGCCAAACAAACCCUAACAGAUAUCAUGUUCGCCAUUCCCAGUUGUGUUAGCCCAGCUGACAGAUAUUUCUCUCAUGUAUGUGUAUUGGAUCUCCCAGCACUGACUUGAACUUCUCAAUGAAUGAAUGUGAUUGUUGCUGAUUUACUAUUAGAAUUAUUUUUUGUUACAUUCAAGGAACUUAGUGCUGACAGAGUAUUCAUCUGGUUCUUCAUCCCAAAGUCUUCUGAACGGUCUUGUUGUGUGAAACACUAAUUUGUGCACUCAGGGUUAGAAGACUAAGCAGCACUAAGAGGACACAGUGGGAGACUUUUUUCUGGAAUACGUUUGGUCCCUUCACAGCAGUUUUAAAGUUUCUUCGACUUUCUGCACUCCCUCACGAUAUAGUCCUCGUUUCUUCAGGCACCUCAUUUUACAUGUCGAAGUCAAUGUUGUCAAGCCGUGUUAGCACUGCUGAGGCAGCGUGUAAUGCCCUCUGCAGGAGCUUUGUCGUGUCUGAGCGAGUGUCCUGAGGUGUUGUCUAACCUGCAGCUGGUUUGCUGUGGUCUCCAGCAGUGGAUAAGUUGGCCCACAGAUUUCUGAGAGAACAUCUGUGUUAGAAACUGAAAGAAGUGGCCAUGUUUUAUGAAGCAGGGCCUAAAAGGCACUGAUGAGUCGCAUUACAGGACUGGUGAGAUCCAGUGUUUUUGGAAUUACCUAUGUUAGGAACUAAAAGUCAGGAUAUCACAACCUUUGCAGCCCAGAUUGUGACUGGUCUUAUGUACUCAUUUAUUUAUCUCUCUGUUGUGCGGCCCAAAGACACUGGAGCGACCUUUGAAUCUCUGCAUGUCCAGUACAUCCAGCAGUACUAAUGAAGCCGUCCAGAGCACUAUCUGCCCAGGGUAUCCUAGAUGACACUUCUAUUAGAAGAAAGCCCACUUACUCUGGAUUUGGAGGAUUUGUCUCAGUUUCUCUAAUUCCAGAAUUAUUCUUACGAGACAGGUUUUAGGUCAAGUUUAAAGCUGUGGGUGUUACAACAGUGUACUGGGGAUGCAGCAGUAUUGCAAAGGGAAGGCAGAAGUUUUGCAAAACGUCUUAGCUGUGAGGGGAUGCAGUUGUAUUAGGAAAACAUUUCCCACUAUGAUCUUUUAGGGGAUUCACACAUGUUGGUGACAGAAAGUGUGUUUCCUCAUUCACUGACAGUAUAGUAUCAUCUGUUUGUGGCUCAGUUCCAGUGUCUGUCCUUCCAGACCCUGACUCAUUCCUUGGGGUUGUUCAAGGUAAUCACCCACAGUACAACACAGGGGUAAAAACUGAAGUGCGAAACAAAAGGAAAAAAAAACAACAGUGGAGUGCCCACAGAGGUCAGCUUAUCCAGGUAGCAUGACAUCACAUGGUGCAGUCCACUCACUCACACAAGGUUUGGAACCCUCACCCCCUGCUGUACUUGUGCACUUAGAGGAAUACUGCAUAGACUUAGAGCACUGUCAGACUCACAGUGGACAGUAAACUGCAGCAGAACCAGAGAUAUUGUGUUUCGUCUCUCUAAAGAUUUCUUCUUCCUUGUCAAAACCUGUCACCUACAUUACCCACAAUGCCACUCAACACACAACAGUUGGGUCAGACAUUGUGUUUCAUGCACUUCUGUAUUAUUAAGUGCCACGUCUGAAAUAUCUGACAUCUGUGCUUUCAGAAAAAUCAGUUUCCAAGUUGGAAUUACGACCAGUUGGAAACUGGUAAUUCUGAGAUCUCUGGUAUGACAGGAACAUGGCAUUAGGGUGGGCACUGGAUCUGGGCCUGUUUGUUUGUUUUUGUUAUUGAUCAUUAUCCCAUUUGGUGGAAAUGACACAACUCACAUUCCCUGUUAACUACAUGGAUAUGUCUAAAUGAUAAGCUACUCGUCACGUCUGUUGUUGUAACCUUUGAUUUCAAGUGUUUGUCCGCUCUAUGUUCAUAUUUAUUUGAGAUGUUUUGCACAUAUGUUGUUGAUUCCCUGUGAACCAAACACUAAUCCAAUCAUGAACAAAUGACUUCAUUCCAGUAAGUGUUAAUCUAUUUAAAAAGCUGUCUGUCAUAUAUAAUGUGGAAAUAAUUUAUCUGAUAUCUGUGCAAUAAAAAUAUUCAAC